AUGACGGUAAAGCCAGGCGACAUCUAUGCCACUCGUUGGCAGGAACACAAAGGUCUUUAUCCCAUCUACAUACUUCCGCUCGGGGUUUGCCCACGCCUGGGCUUCACACAGAGCGCAAUCGUCCAGACCAAACUGGUCACUCAAUUGCCCUCCUGUUACGAGUUUGACCCAAAGACAGACAGCGAGCCUAGAUGGGCUCCUGACUACGAAGAUGGCGGUGCUCGUGUAAAGGAGAGGCUGUGGCCAGUCAUGUUCUUCAAAGAUGGGAGGUUCCCGAACGUAAACGAGAUUUCUUUUGUCCCUGCUAGUCACAUGAGACCCUACGACAAGGCCGAUCCGACCAUUCGAUACAAAGACGAGGUCGAAGACUUUCUAACCAGGCGUGACAAGCCUACUCCCUCGCCUUCGGUGGAGAGUCGGGGAUCCAGCCCCACAGCCAAUUCGGAUCGCCAGGAUACCCCCAUCAGUGAUGAUGCCGUUCCAGAGGACGGAACGCCGAGACAGCAACAUUCUCGGCACUCUGAGAUUCAACGCAUUCUGGAGCAGGCGGGUGUCGACUUUGGUGAGCAUGCUGUUGUUGAGGAGGGGCAUGAAACAGAUGAACAUGGCCACUUCCGUUACAGCCCACGCGCUGGUGACACAGAUGACGAGGAAGAAGAGGAGGAAGAAAGAGGGAGCGUGGUAAAGAGCACGUACCACUCUCGCGAUCGGAGACAGAGGCGGAGGUUUUAUGAUGGAGACACUGAAGAGUUGGCGGCAGAGUCGGAAGAGGAGGAGGAGGAGGAGAUGAGAGUGGAUGAUGGGUUUGACAUGUACGGGGACGAUACCCCCAGGAGAUCACCACCUCGCCACACUCGAAACCGCACAACCCCCCAGAUGCGCUCUUCACCAAACACGACCAACAUGCCAGUGUAUGAUGAAGAAGAAGACAUAUACGAGGAUGACACCCUCAGGCGACCGUCGACUGAUCGUUCUGGAGGCACAUCCAACACACCAGAGCCCUCUGCGAGCAAUGUGCCUAACCCCCAAUUCCCCAUAUUCAACGAUUUUUGGCGGCGGCACAGUCGAGAGAGGACAACCGAGUCGGACCAGCAAAGUUCGUACAGUGAGCUGCUUCGUGUAGGUUUGCAGAUGAGCUAG